AUGAAGCCCGGCAUCAACAAGAAGGGCAAGUCGGCCAAAGCCACGCCGACAACAAUCGAGCUGGCCACGGAGCCAAACCCCACCCAGCUUGAGACAAGCGAAGCAUCCAACCCUCGGCAGCGGGCCCCGAAGCCCAACUUCCAGGAGAAACGCCACUAUUACGGCGCCAUGGAUUACAAGCUGGUGGCACGAACCAGUGACACCGAGUUCGACAAAACGCAGGCCAAAACCAAGGAGGAGAUGGCCGUGAACCCUGUGGGACCGCACUCUUACUUUGUCAUCUUCUGGAAUGGCCGCGGUGCCAACUCGCUCCAGCUCCUUGUUCGGAAAGCUUUGUCCCCUCUUGAGAUUGUCAAUCUCGAGGCUGUGCAGACAGGCUCUGCCGAUCAAGACAAGGCCGCCUGGCCCGUCGUUGUCUGCGCCACGGUGAAGAAGAACUCGGCCAAGUGGGAGCAAGCGGUCGACGCCGCGCUCAAGGCGAAGGACAUUCUCGACGGGUGGGACUUUGAGGACAUUCACUGUGAGAUCAGAGAGGAGAAGUGA